GAUUGCUUGGUUGGUAACACGUAAAUGCAAACUUGAGUAAAUUUACUUCCGAGGACGGAAAAAAUGUCAAAACACGUAUUAAGUUUGAAAUUUGCAUUAUUAAAUAUUUGUCAAAAUUUUAAUCGAUAAAUAAAUAAUGGUUUCGAGCCAGUAUUUUUAUGUACAUAUAUUUGUGUACAUCACUAUAUUUAAUUGUGAAUCCAAUCUAAAACAACGUUUCAAGAGAGGAAAGAUAUCAGUAUGAUACCUAUACGAUAGUUGUAUAUCGUACAUACUAAAACAACGAGAAUUAUGUAAUAUUUUGCUGUGCAAAAAUGUAUUGUUUAUUACGGCCUUGUUUCCAAAGAAGCUUUCGACUUGUCACAAAACUCAAGUUGAAAUAUGUGUGUGUUUUUAUCAGUCUUGUCAUAUUGCUUGAUUUUUUUGGAGCAUUCACACAUUUCCUCGAAGUGACGUAUGAUUCAAAUUUUGUUUAUCCCUAUGAAGGCGAUAUACACGAAUUUGUAAAUGCAUUACGACAUAACGAAAAACCUGCUGUCGAUCCUAUAAAUGAGUACAAUUAUACGUUUAUACUUAAUAAUAAAGAGAAAUGCGUAGAUGCAGCAUAUAGUAGUUAUCGUGUUGUGUACAUAGUGAAAUCUGCGAUAGAAAAUUUUGAGAGAAGAUCCGCUAUUAGAAAAUCUUGGGGUUUUGAAAAAAGAUUCUUCGAUGUACCUUCAAAAACAAUUUUCAUGUUAGGUGUACAUCCAUAUGACGAUGAAGUUCAAACAAAACUAGAAAAAGAAGCUGCAAAAUAUAAAGAUAUUAUACAAGCGAGUUCAGCGGACUCAUACUACAAUAAUACCAUUAAAACUAUGAUGAGCUUCAAGUGGUUAGUAAAAUAUUGCUCAAAUUCAAAGUUUUAUAUGUUCGUCGACGACGAUAUGUAUGUUUCUGUGAAAAAUGUUUUGAGAUUCAUAAGAAAUCCAGCUAACUAUCCGGAUUAUCUGAAGGAACACAAAAAGUUUGGUGCUCAUAAAAGGGAAAUUGGAGAUUCCAAUGAAAUAAACGAAUUGGAUAAUAAGAAUUUAAGUAUGCAGAGGAGUACCGAUAUUUUGAAUGAAAAGGAUUCAUUCAUAUACAAAACUUUAAACACCUUUAAUACGGAUAUAAUUCAUAAAUUUAAAGAAGAUUUAAGUAAUGAAACUUCAAAUACAGUUCCUGUGCUUAAGACCGAUACUUUUAUAGAAACAUAUACAAAUUACAGUAAAAAGAUACAGUCUAACGAGACAGAAACUGUAAAAACUGAAUUUACUUUAAAGAGAAGAAAAAGACAGAUUUUUGAUUUUGAACUUCCAGAUGAUGUUAGGUUAUUCGCAGGGUUUGUAUUUGUAUCUUCGCCUCAUCGUCAUAAAUCUUCUAAAUGGUAUGUUCCGCUUAGCGAGUACCCUUACCAUCUAUGGCCACCAUACGUUACAGCCGGUGCAUAUAUAUUAUCAAAAGAAGCCCUUUUAGACCUGUACUAUGCUAGUUUUUAUACAAAACAUUUUAGAUUCGACGACGUCUAUUUGGGCUUAGUAGCGAAAAAAGCGGAUAUCGAACCUUUUCAUUGCGAAGAAUUUCAUUUUUAUAAAAAAGAUUAUACAAAAUUUAAUUACAAAUACGUAAUAUCAUCUCACGGAUAUGGAAAUCCAAACGAGUUACUUAACGUAUGGAACGAACAAAAAGCACUUGGUAAUGCUUAAAUGUAUAUUAUUUGUAAACAUUAUUUCCAUACGAGUAAAUAUUUAAAACGAGAAUUAUAUUAUCAAGUUCAAUAUAUUCUUAGAUGCGUUUAAUUAUAAUAUUUAUUAACUACGUUUACUUAUCGUGUUCAAAGGAAUAUAACGUCUUUCUUCGUAGUUUAUAACAAACGAAGACAUAACGAUAAUGCAAUGUAUAUACAACCUAGAUAAAAUUGAUUAAAUAAGAGUUAAUUUUAAAUCGAUAGAUCUCAAGAUAUAAAUGAAUAGAAUGCAGGUGAAUGAAAAAGUAUAUAGAGGUAUUCUUAAUAUCCUUUGUAUAAAAUUAAUUUAUUGUAAAAUACAUUCGAAAAUAAAUUGCUAUCUAAAAUAGACAUAAAUAUAUUAAUCAGUCUUUAUGUACAUAACAAGACAUAGUAGAUUCCAGUUUUUUGAAUAGUUUUAUGGAAAUGACAAAGCAGAAAUCUAAUAUUAUGAGAAGUUAUUAUAGUCAAUACUAAUAUACAUGUUAAAUAUUCAGUUUAAUAUUCAAUGUAUGUUAUAGAUAUUAUUUAUUUAUAAACUUUGUCGAAAAGUAAAAA